AUGAUUAAUAAAGGAGCAUCUUUGACCAGAACUGCAUUUCAAAUGCUGAAAAUGAUAACAAAAAAUUAAACCAGAUAUCAAUAUAGUAAAUUAGAGCACUUUUUUGCCAACUAUGAAAUGAGCGAAUUUGAAUGUCCAAAAAUUACCAUUAGCAAAUUUUAAUAUUUAAUUGAUGACAUAUAUUAAUCAAAUAGUAUUCAAUUUAACACAUCCUUGGCUUCAUAUUUGAAUGUAAAUGAUAUUGAAAUCAGCGAGUUAUAAAUACUAUUAGAGAAAAUCUACUAAAAUAAUUUGUUUUUGUCAAGAACCAAUAAAUAAUGUUUGACAUAAAUAGUGCUAAAUUAAUUACACAACUUUAAUGAGGACAUCAUCUCAAUAAUUAAUCAAGCAUGUUAAUUAGGGUUUAUUAAUGAAUAACUUAUGGAAGUCUUUAUUAAUUAGUUUACAAUUUAAGAAUUUACAUAAUAUAAUUUUACAAUUUAAGUGUAAUUACUUUUUAUUUUUGGUUAAGCCCUUUUAAGGUAUAGCAAUCUAACUAAAAAUGAAGCAUUCAUAAAAUAGUGGUAGGAUUUGAUAAAAUAUGCUAUUGCUAAUUAUAAACCAGAAUAUAAAAUAUCUGGUUGCAUGUUUUCUUAAAUUUCAUUCCUCAUCAAAGGAUUAUUUUACUUUAAAUUAGAACAAGAAGCAACAUAUAUAGGUUAAUUUGUUGAAUUCUAUAAAACCUACUACAAAAUAUUAAUAUGUAAUUUUGCUGAAGGUUAAGAUUUCAAUAAUAUGACACCCAAAGAAACUACAAUUUUAAUUACUGCCCUUUUAAAACUAAAAGAUUAAUUUAUGAAAUAAGAAAUAAAUGUAAUUAUAUCAUCUUUGCUAAAUCGAAUUUAGAAGACAGGGGUUUCUUCAUUUCCAGAUCUAGCCUUAUAAUCAUUCGUAUUUAAUUUAACCCAACUUACAGAUUAUUAAUAAUUAAUGGCAGGAGAAAUUUUAUAAGUUAUAUAAUAGAGAGUUUAGAUUCAAUAAUUUUCUACAAAGAUCAUGAUUAUAAUCUUAUUUGAAAUGCAUUUAAAAUGGAAUUACGUAGUAUCCAAGGAGCAUUUGCUCAACCUCAUCUCUUUUAUAAAUAUUAAGGAAAUCUCAGACUUGGAACUUGGCAGUUACUUUUAAUUGCUAACUUUGUUGCCUUUGGAUCAGACAUAACACAUAGUUAGUAAUAUUGAAUCGGAAAUGAUACUCAGAGAGCAAUUUUAAAAAAUGAAUUAAUAAUUUGCUAAGAAUGAGCCUCAAUCGACUGAUAGAAUGAGGAGAUCCCUCUAAAAAUUAAUAAAUUUAUUGUAAACUCAUGGGAAGAAUACAGAAUCGUUGGAAAGAACAAUUAAGAAAAUCUUAUGA